AUGUCCCUCGUGCAAUCCCUUCCUUCACAAAACCUCCCACACACUGUCUGCGCACAAUGCGGCUCCGGUAUCUCUCACAUAGGAAGCGCCGAAGAAGCGCAGCGUCGUAUCCUUGAGCUCGAAGCGCAGAUCCGGUCAUUGAACACUAAGGCUGCCGCUGCUGGUAAGAGCAUCCCGCCCCAUCCCUUGUUCCCCGGGUUGUGCUUGCUGACCCUUCCAAAGCCGACAAGCUGGCCGAUUACGAAGACGAGCUCAAUCUCCUGCGCUCGAAUGCUCAAAAUCAACGACCGAGCACAAGUUCCUCAUCUGGCAUCGUUUCUCCACCCCUCGAAAACGGCCAUCGCAUCCCUUCUCAAACCCAAUCCUCCCCACCGACGCAAGGACCCUCGCGUCUGUCCUCCCUGUCCUCGCUCCUCCCCGGCCGCCGCACCCCCAGUCCAAUCCCACCUGGCUCCCACUAUCACCAACAACACAUCCACCCACUCCCUCCCCACCGUCCUCCCAAACAACACAACCCAACCACCCGGUUCCCCCGAUCCCGCCUCCGAAACACUAACCACCAUGCUCCAAGCCGAGAAGAAAGCGCGCCUCGCAGCCGAAUCAUCCCUGUCCCAAGCACACAACGAGCUCGAGGAGCUGACGGCGCAGCUCUUCAGCCAGGCCAACGAGAUGGUCGCGACGGAGAGGAAAGCAAGGGCGAAAUUGGAGGAGAGGAUCGAGCUGUUGGAGAAGAGGGACGGGGAUAAGAGGGUGAGAUUAGACAGGCUAGAGAAGGCAAUGGGGAGGAUUGAGAGGGUGCGAGGGUUGGUUACCUAG